AUGUACCUAACAGGGCAACAUAUCGUGGUGCCGGAGCAAAGUCUGGUGUCGAACAUUACUGAUGUGGCCCUCGCCUUCAUGCGUUCUGAUACCUUCAACACUCCAGAGCAAGAUGAAUGGCCGCUCUUCACCACCAUUGAAGAAGUCCGUCCCAAGUUUGCGGAUGGAACCAUCAUCCAAGUCGCGAUCGGCGGAUGGGGCGAUACGGAUGGCUUCUCGACAGCGGCCAGAACAGAGGAAAGCCGGAAGCUGUUCGCUAGCAACGUCAAGGCUAUGCUCGAUGCUACCGGCGCUGAUGGUAUGCUGCAUCACAUGGUACCUUCUUUUGGAGCAGAUGCUGAUCAAAUAGGUAUCGACAUGGAUUGGGAAUACCCAGGCGGUAACGGCGAAGACUACAAAACACCUGGCCAUCUCAACUCCAAUAAAGCCUGGGAGAUAGUUGCUUACCCCAAGCUACUAGCGGAAAUCCGCUCAGCAGCAGGGCCUGACAAGACCAUCUCAGCAGCCGUUCCCGGUUUACCACGCGACAUGCUAGCCUUCACACCUUUCACCAUCCCCGCCAUCAUGGAAUCAGUCGACUACCUGAACAUCAUGACAUACGACAUGUUCAACCGCCGUGACAAUGUAACAAAGCAUCAUACCGGUAUCCAGAACUCACUCGAAGCCAUCGAUGCAUACCUCGACGCCGGCGUACCGCCCGAGAAAGCGAACUUGGGACUGGCAUUCUACAUCAAAUGGUACAAGACCGCUGCGAAUUCGACAUGCAGUGCCAACCCAAUCGGCUGCGCAACAGAACUUAUGGAAGAUCCCACCACGGGCGCUGAUCUAGGUAAAGCCGGCGCAUUCUCAUGGCACGACGCCGUUCCCGAAGAACUGUCCGCAUCGUACGAGCGUGCGAUGGAGAACGGUGUGUAUGACGAGGUUGGUGGUGGACAAUACUACUGGGAUGCUGAUGAGAACUUGUUCUGGACCUGGGAUACACCUGAGGCUAUUAAGCGCAAGAUGCAGAUCAUCAUGAAGGAUAAGGGGCUUGGUGGUGUGUUUGCAUGGGGAUUGGGAGAGGAUGCACCAAAGUUCGAGCAUUUGAAGGCAAGUAAUGAGGCAGUGGUGGCGCUGGAAGGGAAUGAGAAAGGGCGUAGAGAGACGUCUGGUGAGCGGAGUGAGCUGUAG